AUGGCCAGAUCAAACCACCAAGAAGGGGACCAAAGCAAAACAGGCCAGAAACACGAGACCGACCACGAGGCACCACCUUCUGCUCGGCGGGUCAAGACUGAGAAACAACAGACGUUGGAGGAAUCGCUAAGCAAUGAAAAAAGUCCUGAGAAGGAGAAGGCAGACGACCCGGCAUCCAACCAAGUGGACAAGUCGGAGGCUCAGCAGCAAAGCGCUGUUAGGCUAGGAGAAGAACCAGAUGUUCCUCCCAGCAUAUUAGAGAAGGGCAUCAUCUACUUCUUUAUUCGCGGGCGGGUGAACAUUGAUGAUCCCAAAACCGUGGAGGAUGUCGCGCGAACAUUCAUCUUGCUGCGGCCAAUCGAGAAAGAUGCUAAGCUCGGCGACGGGCCGAUCGGCGAUGCACGCAACAACCGUCUCCUCGCGCUUCCCAAGAAGACGCUUCCGCUCAGUGGAAAAGAUCGCUUCAUGAUUUUCGUGGAGAAGUCAAAUGCUUCCUUUGAAAAUCUGAAGAAGAGCUUCUUGGCUGGAGCAGACUAUGAAACGAAGACAGCGGGAACGAGACACACUCCCGCAGCCACCCCGGUUGGAGAAGGUGUAUAUGCCCUCACCACCACAGGGCGAGAGAGUCAUUUGGCCUACAUGCUCACAAUUCCGGAGAAACUGGAUUCGGCGCAAAAGGAUUUGGGUAUAAAGGAGAAAGGAAGUUUUAUAAUAAGUACCAAAAAUCCAAACUAUGGCGGACCGGCACAUGCAAGACUACCAGAGAAACCUAAGUUUCCCAAGGAGGUUAUCGACGAAUUCCGGUCCCUCCGAUGGCUCCCUUCCAAACCUAUCCACCUAGACUACCCAAAUGCUCAGCUACUCCUCGUGGGAGAGUCUUCUGGUAUAGAAAAAGCUCUAGAACCACAAGAAAAGGACGAUGAAAAUGGCGCACAGAAGCCGGAGGAAUUUAUAGAGAGCCUUGCAGAGGAGGACCUUGAAAGAAUGAGACAUCUAACUGGCCAGCAAUCGGAAUCUAUAUAUGCCGAUCUCCAAGCUCAAGCAGAAGGUUAUCCUCGGCUCAAGACAACCUUCUAA